GCCGCCGCACGGAAAGUUGGAAGUCCCGGGGAUCGAUGCGUGGUUCGCCAUGGCUGCGGAGGGCUUGUGGUGCUACCGGGGCGAUCCCCAGGAGGGACACAGCGCUCCGCUCGUCCAGUUUACCAACGGGAAACUGAGAAGUUCUGAAAAUUUGGGUUUCACCUUAUAUAAAAGCAAAGACUCCAAUCAUCCAAGAAAGAAGAGUAGAGUAAUUUUGAAUGCAGAAACAGAUAGACUCUCUUAUGUAGGAAGCAAUUUUGGUGCCGGAGCCCUGAAACACAAUUCUCUCUGCAGAUACUUCGUUGGUGUAUUAGACAAGAACUCUGGACAAAUGGAAGUCUACAAUGCAGAGUUAUUCAACAUGCACCCAUUGGUGUCAGAUAAUGUAGCAGAUGAUGACCUGUCAGAAUAUUUGACUAAAUCCUACAGAGAGAAGAUAGAUCUGUGCAUUGAAGCCUUUGGUACCAACAAGCAGAGGAGAGCCCUGAGCUCUCGGAGGAUGAAUCAAAUCGGGAAGGAGAUAUUGAAUAAGGCAGUGACGAAAGCAGCAGAAGACGUUAUAGAGACAAAGGGUGUUGCAGCUUUGGUCAGUGAUGCGGCAGAAGAUGAAAAAGCCGAUGUCUCCUUGGUUCUUCCCCUGUGCCAUGAAGAUGCCAACAAACCAGAGGAUGUCUACAAGUUUGAGGACAUUAUUUCGCCAGCUGAAUAUGAGGCGCUUCAGGCUCCAGCGGCGGCUUUCGUGAACAUCACCUCAGCAGAAAUUCUCAAGAUGGCUGAAGAGAAAAGCUACUGCUCCUUUGUUCUGGAUGAGCUGAAGUCCAUGCCUCUGGAUGAGAAGAGACGCGACCACAAAGCCCGAUGUCUCUGGUUCUUGGAUUGUCUUGUCAAGUUGAGCUCACAAAAAGUGGUCAAAAAGAAACUAGCACUGGGGCCCAGUUGUCCAGACAACAUCAGCAACAAGCUUGUGAAAACCUUCACAGCACUGUCCUAUGGCAAUGGCAGGAUACAGAAUCAAGUUUCUGCGUCCAUGAAAGUUAAGAUAACCGCGUAUGCCAUAGCCCUAGCUUUGCAUAUUAACAACUUCCAAACAGACCUGACAAUCUUGCAGCGGGAUCUGAAAUUGCGGGAUAGCAGGAUCCUUGACAUCGCCAAAGCAAUGAGGCUGAGGAUCACCAAAAGCAAAGGCCUCUCUGGACUUGACGAACACAAACUAGGAACGCUCUCUUUGCCCUUACCUGAGUACAAGAUGCCUCUAAGAAGCAGGAAACGCAAGAUGAACAACUAAGCGGCCGCUGUGGCUUCCAGCCAAGCAUGUAUGGCCUUUCUCCUGUAUUCCGCCACGUUUGGAUAGAUCUCAUUUUUUGCUACAAACUCACUCACUCCCCCAAGUACUGUUGAUUCUUUUUGCACUCAUGGAUUUUGUAGCCUCAGCCUUCUUGGAUUGGACUAAUAAAUAUAAUGAAAAAGUUGGAUAGA